AUGGCGACGCGUAACCAAAACAUGGGCCCUGCUCCCACAGAGCCCAUAAUGGAAGCUCACACGUUGGUAACCCAACUUUAUGAUCCCGCAAACCAGCGCAAUCCAACCAGGAUAAAUGAAAUACAAACCCGGUUACAACAAUUACAGAAAAGUGACCAGGCCUGGGAAAUUGCCGACUUUCUUUUACAUCAACGCUCUAUGCAUCAUCGAUUUAUGGGAGCUUUGACUUUCACAGUCAAAAUCAAUGUAUCGGGGAGUGAUAUUGAGGAAUCUAUGACCUGGCAAAUUCUGGAACGUCUAAUCAAUCAUUUUAUCACGAUUGUGAAUGAGGAAGAACAGACAAUGGUUGUUAGAAAGCUUGCUUCUAGUCUGGUUGCUGUCUUCCGAAACUCUGCGAGCUCCUGGAAAAGAGCACUAUGGCAAUUAGCCGCAAGUCUGGCGCAUGGCGGAUACGUAUCUGAAGCAGACUCGCAGACAGUAGAAUUCCUGAAUGGAGUCCUCCCAGUCCUCAAUCCCCAGAAAGCUAAAGCUCUAGUAUUCUUUUCGGUCGCAUUGGCUGAGGAAGCUCUGCGUCUUGAAGCUGAGCCUCAUGACUUGGUCGGAUCGGCCAUUCAAAGGGUGGUGGCAAACAUUGACGAUGCCUUCUUGUUAGUCCAAUACCUCAUCCGCCAGAUCACAUAUCACGCCUCUCAAGCUGGCAGUGGAUCUAUGGAACCUACUUUGGGAAAUGAGGCCAUGGCAUCCUGGAAGGCUUGGCUUAGUGUCUAUGGAAAUCAUCGCCAUUCAAGUGACAAACAAACCCAGACCCUCGCUGUUUCAUGUGGUCAUGAUAUCAUUGAGGCGCUCCGAUUACCAACUUUUAGCGAAAGUGCAGCAACUGUAUUGACUUCAGCCCUCGAGACCCGCACCUGGGCCUUCGAUACCCAUUCCAUCUUUACCAUAUCUCAAAUUCUUUCUGACUCGAUCGUCACAAAACACCUCCUUGCAAUCGCCGACGAAAACGAUGACACUGAUAGUAUGACCUUCGUUGACCUGUUAGUCGCAUAUGUCUCACACGUCAAUUUCGACCUUUUCAGCGAUCCAAUGAAACCUCAUAACACCCAAAUACUUGCCAUCUUGCAUAAUAUUUUCAAAACACCAGGCUACGCUGCCAUUGAUGAAUCAGCCACAACCCGCGCCUUGGAGUAUUGGGGUGAGAUUGCCGAGUGCCUUCCGGACACAUUGGAUUCUGCCGAUUCCCGGUACCAAAUAGUCAAGGCUCAAAUGGCGGAAGUUGUCCUAGGAAUGUUCAACAAGCUACUUUAUCCCAACCCUAGUGAUCUAGCGGACUGGGGCGAUGACGAGCGGAGCGAAUUCAAUGCGUUUCGUCACGAAGCCUGUGACUACCUGCUUUCGGCAUAUCCGAUUUUGGGUAUUGAACUUGUCAACGUCUUCCAGGAGAGUGCAACAAAUAACCUCCAAAAGCUUGAUUGGCGAGGCUUCGAAGCAGCCAUGUUCUGUCUUGCCCAAUUAUCCGAGGCCGUUGACGAAAAUGGCCAUGCAGACCAGUGCCUGGACUCCAUUUUUGGAAGUGACGCCUUUGCACAACUGUGCCUUGGUGGUGAGACUGGAAUCCCCCUCAAGGCACGCCAAACACUUGUUGACUCCUUCGGUAAAUACGAGUCAUAUUUUGAACGCCACAGUUUCCUUCUGCCAAGUGUCCUUAACAUCCUCUUUGAAUCCUUGAAUUUCGAGUCGUGUGCUCAGCCGGCUUCCCGGUCCAUUUUGACACUUUCAAAGUCAUGCUCUCGAAUGCUGACUACAGAGCUCCCCAUUUUCCUUGAUCGAUUAGAUCAGUUCCGUACAAAGCCGACGGCAACUGUUUCUACCAUGCCAAAGGUUCUUGAAGGAAUCGCGACAAUCAUACAGAAGUUAGAUUCAGAUCAAGAAAAAGUACAAACAUUAGAGAGAAUUCUAGGAUUUUUCGUCCAGGAGGCCAACAAAGCCCGGGAUGAAGCAGCUGGCUCUACAUGCGACAUCGCCCAGGCCCAUGGUCAUCUUAUCUUGAGUUGCAUUGCCAGUAUCGGGAAGGGCCUUCGGUCUGAUGGCGAAGAGGUUAUCAACGUCGAUGCAGCACAAGAGCAAAAUCCAUAUCCUCCAUCAUUUUGGAAUGCGGGGCCUGGAUCUCCAGCGCAACAGCUAAUAAUGGAGGCGAUGCGACUUCUCAUUGUGGAUUUCCCUGUCGAUAGUGGCAUAAUCGAUUCAGCUUGUGAUAUUCUUAAGGCCGGCUACACUGAAUCAUCUGGUCUUUUCGUUUUCCCUCCAUCGUUGACAGUCGACUUUAUCAAAAGCUUCCCACUUGGGAUCUCAGGCACAGAUGUCAUCAUGGCCACGGCAUCAUCGUUCCUUGCCUCGCACGGCUCCCAUGCAAUGCAAAUUCGGGACCAGGCCGUGGAAUUGAUUGUCCAUGUGUCGCAGUUGUUUGCUUCUAUGCUUGACAAUCCUGAUGUUUAUGAUCCAGAAACUGCCAAUGCCGGAAUCGAUUUCCUCACGCGCCUUUUGCCGAAAUAUUACGCCAUUCUGUUCUCGCUCACAGAGCCACUUCCUUCCAGUGUUGGUUCUACCUCACAAGGCACACCAACCUUUGCCCUCUUACUUAAUUUCACUCUCCACGCUUUGACUCGCCCGGAACCUCUCGUGCUUCGUUCAGGGUCGGCCUUCUGGGUAGCCAUGCUAGAAUUGCGUGGUGGAUCCCCUGAGGAUACCAUGGCUCUCGACCAAGUUUUGGAGCGUUUCAUUCCAUCUUUGUGUGAGACGUUGAUCAGACAGAUUGCCGGCCGAUGUGCAAGGUCAGAUCUAACCUUCUUAAAUGACGUUCUUCGGCGAACCAUUUUCAAGAAAAUGGCUCUCGCGCGGCCAACUCUUACGAGUGCUCUUAAUGCCCUAGAUGCACAGACCACCGAUGCUCAUGGGCAGCAAUCACCCGUUCUCUCCCCACAAGACAAGUCUCGGUUCUUGGAGUCGCUUGUUGUUGCCAGAGGUGCAAGGUCGCCAUCGCUGGAAAUUGUUCGUUCUCUUUGGCUGAAGUGCCGUGGAAUGGCGUUUGAUUAUGCCCAAUAA